AUGAAAAUGAAUGCAGAGGAAGAUUGGGAUGUAGAACGAUACAAGACAGAACACGAAUCUGAUGAACAUUGGGAGCUUAAACGUAAAUUUCUCUUAGCGCAUAAAGAUAAAUUUCCAGAAGACGAACUUAUUUGUUUAGCCCAAGUGUUUACCAAUAUCGAAGUACUUGGGUGCAGGUAUCCUAAAGAGACAAUGCAAUUGAUAGCUGAAUUAGCUCAUGAUAUUGCUCAAGAUUAUAGAGAAAAACAAAAGAAUAAAAUACAAAGAACAUUUGUGAAGGCUUCUGACGCUGCUAGUUUAAAGGUUAAAGGACUCACUGCCUCAUCAUCUGCCAAUAAAGCUGAAACAGGAAAUCAGUCUCAAAGUAAAAGAGCAUCUCAUUAUUCAAAAUCUAAUGAAGUACCUGCCAAACACAGAAAAUUACAAGAGCUUUCAUUUGGUGAUAUUGUGAUAGUGGAAAGACCAGGGGAUAUACCACAAAAUAUACUUGCCUGUGCAGUGAAUGCAGCAGGUGGAGAUUUAGACUGGAAAUUUGAGAGAAUCAAAGACUCUUACAAAUGCAGUAUUUUUAUUAAUUCAAAGCUACUAGCAGAAGCUUGUAGUUCUAAUCAAAAAUUGGCAAAGAAAGAAGCUUCCACUGUUGGAUUACAUGAAUUAGAGAAGCAUUAUUAUACAAUUAAGAUUAAACACAAUAUAAAUAUGGAUGCUAAUGUAACUACAACAGCAACAAUAAAAAGUAUGAAAAAAGAGGAAUGCAUUUCUGAUGACAAUAUUGGUAAAAAAUUAAUGAAAUUAAUGGGUUGGACUGGUGGUGGUCUUGGGAAAUUACAACAAGGAAUUGUGGAACCUAUUAUGCUUAAACAGCAGAUUAGUAGAGAAGGUUUAGGAUUAAAGUCUAAUUCUUGUAAUAUGACUGACUUAAAGAUCAAAGCAAAGGACAUCAUGAGGAAGUAUCUUUCAGGUGAUAUGCAAAAUGACUUAGUAUUUUCUGCUGACUUUACUAGUGAAGAGAGAGCAGCAAUUCAUGAGGUAGCAAGACAACAGGGUUUAAAAUCGCACAGUUAUGGUCCGAAGAAUCAACGAACAUUAGUUGUUUCCCGUAAGAUAAACGUACGAGAUUUGGUCGAAGAAUUGAAAAACCUCGGUGGGGUUACUGACAAAUAUCAAUUAAUCGGUCCGACUGGACUGUAAAUUAAAUACUCCAUUUCUUUAUCUGUACACUGUGUAAAUUCUUUGCUUAAAUGGAGAUGUCAGUUGCAGUGCAUACAACUUCAUGGAUAAAAUAAACCACGAUA